AUGGCUGGCAGAGUCCAAAGACAGCUGGCCUGGUACUUGGAGGAACUAAGUAAAGAGGAGAUGAAGGAGUUCCUGCUUCGGCUGCCCAAAGAGGCACUCGGUGGAGGCCCUCAUGGUGCAUCCUCUGCUCAGGCAGGGGGCACGGAGGUGGCCUCAGACCUGGUGGCUCAGUGUGGGGAGAAGACGGCCUGGGACUUGGCCCUCCGCACCUGGGAGAAGAUGGGUCUGAGCAGGCUGUGCUCUCGGGCCUGGGCAGAGGUGACCUUGAUGUCAGUUCUCUUCACAUGCUCCCCAGCUCACAACUCUCCAAGCCAAAAAUCACCUAGUGCCCCCACAUCCACAGCAGUGCUGGGAGACUGGGAGCCUCCACCUCAGGCCAACACAGAACCCAGAGAGCAAGAGGAUCCUAGGACUGGGUGGCCUCUGGAUGAAAUAUCUGCAAAGUGCUGCACAGGAGAUAGAGAAAGCUAUGAGAACCAGAAGGAAGAGAGGACUUGCCCCACACAAGGUCAGAAUUCUCAGUCUUGGAAAAAUGAAGAUUUACACCAACAAUUCACACAGCUGCUACUUCUACACAAACCUCACCCCAGAGGCCAUGAGCCCUUGUUGAGGGAAAGCUGGCAUCAUGAGGUGGUGGAGAAGCACGGACAAUUGAUUGAAGUCCAAGACUUAUUUGGCCCAAGCCUGAACACCCAGGAAGAGCCUCACACAGUCAUACUGCAGGGGACUGCUGGAAUUGGGAAGUCAACCCUGGCCAGGCAGGUGAGGAGAGCCUGGGAGCAGGGCCAGCUGUAUAAAGAUCGCUUCCGGCAUGUCUUCUACCUGGACUGCAGAGAGCUGGCCCCGUCCAAGAUGGUGAGCCUUGCCGAGCUCAUCACCAAAGAUUGGGCUGCCCCUCUGGCUCACAUUAGACAGAUCCUAUCUCAGCCACAGCAGCUGCUCUUCAUCCUGGACGGUUUGGAUGAGCCAAAAUGGGUCUUUGAAGAACAGACAUCUGAGCUGUGUCUGCACUGGAGCCAGCAGCAGUCUGUGCAAACGCUUCUGGGCAGUUUGCUGGGGAGAACCAUACUGCCCGAGGUGUCCCUGCUGAUCACAGCUAGGACCGCAGCUCUAGGGAAACUCAUUCCUUCUUUGAAGCAACCACGUUGGGUGGAGGUGCUGGGGUUCUCUGAGGCUGGCAGGAAGGAUUUUUUCUACAAAUAUUUCCCAGAUGAAAACCAAGCAGCCAGAGCCUUCAGCAUGGUUGAAUCAAACCAUGGCCUCUUGACCAUGUGCCUCCGGCCCUGGGUGUCCAGGCUUGUCUGCACCUGCCUAAAGCUCCAGAUGGAGCAGGGAGAAGAACUUGCACUGACCUCCCAGACCACUACGGCCCUCUGCCUGCACUACCUGUCCCAGGCUCUCCCAGCUCAGCCCCUAGGAACCCAGCUGAGGGCCUUGUGUUCUCUGGCUGCUGACAGCACCUGGCAAGGAAAGACUCUGUUUAGUUCAGGGGACCUCAGGAAACAUGGGUUAGAUGGAGCUAUCAUCUCCAUUUUCCUCAAGACAAGUGUUCUUCAAAAACACCCCACCUUUCUGAGCUACAGCUUCAGCCAUCUGUGUUUCCAGGAGUUCUUGGCAGCAGUUUUCUGUGCACUGGGGGGACAGGAAGAGGGGAGUGAUGAUAAUCCUGAUAGCAUCAGAGGUGUGAAAAAGUUGCUAGAAGUGUAUGGAAGGCGUGACCUGUUUGGCAUGCCAACCACACAUUUCCUCUUCGGCCUUUUAAGUGAGCAUGGGGCCAGAGAGAUAGAAAACAUCUUCAAUUGCCAGCUGUCUCAGAAGCCCAAGUGGGAACUGCUGCGGUGGGUGGAAGAAGAAGUCCAGCCCAAAGAUUCCUCCUCAGAGACAUACUCCCUGGAGUUGCUCCACUGCUUGUAUGAGAUUCAGGAUGAGGCAUUUCUGACACAAGCCAUGGCCCACUUUCAAGGAGCGAGGAUGUGUGUUCACACAGACAUGGAGCUCCUGGUGUUCAGUUUCUGCCUCAAAUUCUGCCACAGUGUGAAGAGCCUUCAAGUGAAUGAUGGCAGUCAGCAUGCACAGGUGUUGAGGCCCCUCAGUGUGGUUCUGUUCAGGUGGGUCUCCAUCACCGACGCCUGCUGGCAGGAUCUUUUCUCUAUUCUUGGGGUCACCAGGAGCCUACAGGAGCUGGACAUAAGCAGAAACUCCCUGAGCCACUCAGCAGUGCAGAGUCUCUGUGAGGCCCUGAGACACCCUCGUUGCCACCUGGAGACCCUGCGACUGGUCAGCUGUGGUCUCACAUCCAGCUGCUGCCAGGACCUGGCCUCUGUGCUCAGUGCCACCUCCAGCCUGACAGAGCUUGACCUGCGGCAGAAUGACCUUGGCAGCCUGGGCAUAAGGCUGCUUUGUGAGGGGCUGCGGCAUCCCAGCUGCCAACUCAAGCUCCUGCGGCUGGACCAGACGGAUCUGAGUGAUGAGGUGAGCAGGGAACUGAGGGCCCUGGAGGGAGAGAAGCCUCAGCUGCUUAUCGCCAGCAGAUGGAACCAAAGUGUGACAAUUCCUAUUGAAGGCCAAGAUGGGGGAGAAAUGAGUAAUAACACAUCCUCGCUCAAGCGCCAGAGAUCAGAAGCAGAAAAAAGCUCCUCACAAGUUGCUCAAGUGAAACCCUUCUGCCUAUCUUCUGACUCUUUGAGGGGCCUGCACAUGCAGCUUCUGGGGACUGAUGAUGACUUCUGGGGACCCAGAGGGCCAGUGGCUACCAAGACAGUUGACGAAGAGAGGAGCCUAUACCAAGUUCACUUCCCUGUGGCUGGCUCCUACCACUGGCCCAAAACAGGUCUCCGCUUUGUAGUGAGAGGGGCAGUAACCAUUGAGAUUGAGUUCUGUGCCUGGGACCAGUUCUGGGAUGGGACGGUUCUACAGCACAGCUGGAUGGUUGCAGGACCUCUGUUCAACAUCAAGGCUGAGCCAGGAGCUGUGGAAGCUGUUUACCUCCCUCACUUUGUGGCCCUCCAAGAAGGCCAUGUGGACACCUCCGUGUUCCAAGUGGCCCACUUUAAAGAGGAGAGGAUGCUUCUGGAGAAGCCAGCCAGAGUGGAGCCAUCUUCUGCAGUCCUGGAAAACCCCAGCUUCUCUCCCAUGGGACUUCUACUGAGAAUGAUCCAUGCUGCCCUGAGCUUCAUCCCCAUCACCUCCACCGUGUUGCUCUACUACCAUCUCCACCCUGAGGAAAUCACCUUCCACCUCUACCUGAUCCCUAGUGACUGCUCCAUUCAGAAGGCCAUAGAUGAUGAAGAAAAGAAGUUCCAGUUUGUGCGAUUACACAAGCCACCCCCACUGACUGCACUCUACAUGGGCUCCCGCUACACUGUGUCCAGUUCAAAGAAUCUAGAAAUAAUCCCCGAGGAACUGGAGCUCUGCUAUCGAAGCCCUGGACAAUCCCAGCUCUUUUCUGAGUUCUACGUUGGCCACUUGGGAUCAGGAAUCAGGCUAGAAAUGAGAGAUAAGAAAGAUAGGAUUGUAGUAUGGAAGACCUUGGUGAAAGCAGGAGAUCUGAAACUUGCAACUAUGCUGGUCCCUCCAGACCUGACAGCCUCACCUCUGUCCUCAAUUCAUCUACUUUCAGAUGUCCCUGAUCACCUGCAUUUUGUGGACCGACAUCGGGAGCAGCUGGUGGCCCGGGUGACAUUGGUCGACCCUGUCCUGGACAAGCUGCAUGGACAUAUGCUGAGUGAGGAGCAGUAUGAGAGGGUGCGGGCUGAGGCCACCAAGCCAGACCAGAUGCGGAAGCUGUUCAGCUUCAGCCAGUCCUGGGACUGGACCUGCAAAGAUCGACUCUACCGAGCCCUGAAGGAGACCCAUCCUUUCCUAAUCGUAGAACUGUGGGAGAAGUGGGGUGGCAGAGGGGGCCAAGGGGCUCCUGACAACCUUGGCAUCUGA